AUGGCCGAAGGUGUUCGCCGAUGGCAUUCGGCGGUUGAACGAAUGGUGGAUGAGCCCUGGCGUGGGCGAAUCAAGGCUUUCCUGCAAGAUCACCAUGCGGCUGCCCACUUGCUUCGGCGAGAGGGGAAGGUGAUCGUGUCGGGAUUGGUUGCGCUGGCUACUGAUGCUGCACUGGAAGUGGAUCCAUAUGAGUUCAAUCCUGGAAGAGGGUAUGUCGUGCCUACCAAGGGAUUGCCGCGUGUGCGGUUGAUGGUGCCUGAGUUGGGCAACAGAGCCACUACUCCUGCUAUUGGAGACCAUGUCACAUGCAUUGGCACACAGCUGGCUGAUGAUCAGUGGGAGGCGCUCACAUUGGGGAUGGAUACUGUGAUCGUCUUCCGCCCGAAGUUUGUUGCCUCUGAACCACUGCACAUUGUGCGCCUGUUUGCGGGAGCGUAUGGGGGCUGGACCCGAGCAGCACACUGGCUAUCUACAGUGUUGCCAGAUCUCCAGGUCGGCCAUGAACUCUUUGUGGACAACGACGAGCGAAUCAUGGAGGUUUGGAGCACUCAGCACGGCAUUCCCCAUCGCUGUGGACGCACGCCUGGCUCCAUCACUGUUGAUUUGACAUUGAAAGCUGGUGUAUGCACAGGAGUGGACGACACGACGAUCCCUUUGACCACAGUCGAGGUGCUGAACCUGAGGCUUGUUCGGCAAGCCUGGGAUGCCCGGCUCACCAGCCACAAUGCCCUGGUUCAGGUCUUUGAGCGGUGGUUGACCAUUGCUAAGGUCUUGUCUGACAUUCCGAUUGUUGAUGCACUUGCCAUCACCUCGCAGAUUUCGUGCUCGGUGUGGACUUCUCCUCUCCUGUUGAUCCGGCCUGCUGGACACUCCGUCAUUGUUGUGCCCAAGCAGAUCUCCAGAUCCACGCCCAUCGUCACCAACGAAGGCGACUUUCAAAUCGCCAACCACAACAACCAGCCGUGUACAAUGGGCGACAUUCACCUUGCCAAUGGUGACUGGCUCCUCAUCGAGCCAAUACCCAAACCUGUUGCAGCUGGUGGCCAUCACAGAUGGACAACCAAUCCGGAGACACUUGCUCGUGGAGCUUCGUUCACCAGCAGGAUCAGUUUCUGCAUCAACACUCAUGGGUGGGCAGCCUCAGACGAGAUUCAUGCUGCUAUGAUGUGGCUUCUUGCUCGCUUUCCGGAAACCAUUGCUGAGUUCAAUGUACUCUGUUGGCGCUCUAGCGAACAUGAAUUCAAUGAUGAGCUGUACGGUGAGCCAAGGUUCGCUGACAAUGGGCGAACGGUUACAGCACUGCUUGUUGACAACCACUGGGCAGCAAUUGAGAUCAAUCGAAUUGGGACCCAUACGCAAAUUCAUGUCUUUGGACUCGGUGCUGGACUGGCUCAACGGGCGCUGCUCAUCAUGUGCAGAUGCAUUGAUGUUGCACCUCAUCGUGUUCAACAGCACAUUCACUCGGCCAUGCCGCCAGAACACUUAUGUGGAUGGUUCUUGCUACAAAGAUACUACACGCUUUGCCGGGCACUGCACCAGCUUCCUGAAUACUUUGACCUCUUCAAUGACCUACCACCAUUUCGACGAGCUGAGAUUCGUGAGGCUUGGGAAUCAAGUCAAGAAGAAUGGAGGAGGGCUGGAGCUUCAGACAACCUCAUUCUCUUUGCGACCACGCUCCGAACACAUUUUCUUGUGCGUUUGGCUGCCACCGCGACAGAGACCUCAUCAGUUGUCAACGUGCCCCUGCAUGUCGAGUUCCCUGCUCAAGCACCACCUACUGCAAGACCACCUUCUGCAACGCAUGAUGCAGUUGAUCCACACAGGACUACCACUGCUACGCUUGCCAAUUCAACUGCCGUUGAUGUUCAGCAUUGCCCAGUUGAGCAACCUGACAGGAUUCGAUCUCGCCUGUUGGAGUGCUUUCACCGACCAGGAUGGCUCUCCUCUGACACUUUGGACCAUGCGUUGGACUUCUUGCGUUGGCAUCACUUUCACAUUUGCUUCUGCCCACCUGCUCUUUGGCAUUCGGACACUCAGAGCCUUCACUUCUUUGCUGGUCUUGAUAGUCUGCAUGACACUUUUGGUCACCUCUUUCUGUUUGUGCUCUGGAACGACCACUGGAUCUUGCUCGAGGUGCAUGUUCAUGAGUGGGAAGCCAGCAUACAGACCGUUGGCCCUGUUGAGAUCCUGCCUGCGUUGCGCCGCAUUGUCACUGCUGCGUGCCAACUCCUGCGUCUACACAACAUUGUCAUCAAUAGUGCAGCCACUCAUUUUGACACCGCAGUCGGUCUUUGUGGUUGGUCUCUCCUUCGCACACUAUUCCGCCGUUUUCAGGUCACCUUUCCUCCUUUGGGCCAACCCUGGCUUGCGGCUUUGCGGGUGCACAGGCAUCACAAUCUAAUCCGACAGGUCCAAGUUACUGAGGCACGUGCUUGGGAAGCCAAUGGUGAUCAUGACCUGCUUCAAUUUGCUUCAGCUGCGGUCUUGGACUUUCUGAUCAGGAUUGUUCAGAAUCGUUUCCCUGAUGAGCGUGCCACGGGAGGCGCAUUGACUGAUGCCACUGGAUCGCCUUUAUCGGUGCUUCAAUUUGGCAGUGAAGAGCCUUCCUCUCCUCAACAGAGGGUUCUUGCCCGCCUUGCCCUCUUUGACCUUCACCCUGGGCGGCUCUUUUCUGACACGGCUGAUUACAUCCUGGAUUUCCUGCGUGAGGCGGACCCUGACACUGUUUACCUUCCUCCCACGCAAUGGAAUUCUGAUGGUGUAACCUCCUUCAACGAUCUGUGUGCGCCGCUCUCCGUUGCACAGAAGUGCAUAGGCCUCCUUCUCUGGGACCACCACUGGAUCCUGUGCGAGUUUCAGUCAACAGUGUGCGCUCAAUGGCUCUUCCUGACGGGGCCUCCUGAAUUACGCCCUGUUGCUGUUCAAUGUGCAAAUGCCCUGUGCCAGCACCUUGCCAUUGCACCAACACCUCAUGUUGUGUGUCGUGACUUCUCUGCUGAUCCUCACCUCUGUGGAUGGACUUUGCUCUGGCUGUGUUUUGAAAAAGUUGGCAUCCAGGUUCACUAUCCUGGACCGCUGCAGGAGGCUUCCUUUCUCCGCAGUGUGCACCAUGUAGACAUACAAAGAGUUCUCACCAACGCGGCCACAGCGUGGCAACAGCCCACCAUGCACCAAGCUGCAUUCUUUGCAAUGCGGUUACUCCCUUGGCACAUCCUCCAAGUGCUCCAAGGCCGAUUCCCAGCCCACCAAGCAGCUGGAGGAGCAGGUGAAGCCAAGGCUGCUGCCAAACCCAAGAACAGUCAACAGACUGGCACUGAUCCCCUCAUGAAGCAUGACCCCUGGGCCAAAGCUGCGGCUGCCUCCUCUAGGUGGGAGGACCUCAAAUUGGAAGACAAGCACCCGUUCCAGGACAGCAAAGGGGAGCAACUCAUCCAGUUCCACAGACUGCAAACCACGCCGUCCACCAAGGGAGUUGUCCUUGUAUCCGUGUACGGAUUCCGGCGCAACAAACACACAACCUCGACACGUGAAGAUGACCAGUUACAGGUGAUUGCCAAACUGCCAAGUGCGGCUCGACAGCCACUGCUCACAGUCAGUGGGCACCAAGGUAUCCUCCUGCGUGAUUUCCUUGAUGCAGGUUCUCAGCCGAUUGACACGUCUGUCAUCCCGAAGUUUUGGGAGGUAAGCGUGAGAGGCCUGAGGGAACUCAACAUUGGCAUUGAUGGGGUCAAGGGAGUUGCUGGAGCCAUCCUCACCCGAAGAGGAUUAGCUAUCAGGGCAUGGACCACACACAUCGCUGAAGUGCGACGCAACAUGCUGCCCAAUGAUUCCCGCCUGAACGAUACCAACAUGGGAGUGGUACCCCGCUUCAUGAUGGAUGCUUCCGGCUGGCCACCAGGGGCCUGCCCAGGUGACGUCAUUGAGUCCGUCACCAAAGCCGUCAGCCAACCUCCAAUUCCAACCAGAACAUUCCGUUCUGCGGGUGUUCACACUUGGCAGUUGGGAUUCCAAUCGUUGCCCGAUAUCCAGACCUUCACAGUCAAGAUCAACGGAGCUCUUCACCAAAUCCUGUUAACACCUACCCCUCACAAUGUCAAAGGAGGAGGGAAGGGCAAACAGAGGCAACCUAAGAAAGCCAGUGCCAAAGAGGACAACCAUGGGGCACCAACGGCCACGAUCGCCACAGCCACGGCUCACCAGGACAAGAAGAGGAUUGACCAGCUUGAGACUCGCUUUGAGUCGUUGCAGAAGCAGGUAUCGGGCAUUGAAAACAAACAGACCACACUUGAGAGCAAACUUGACCAGCGCUUCAAUGACAUCGGUGAUACCUUGCGACAAUUGGUGCAACUCAGCACCACUAGAACCCAUGAACCUUGCGGCGAGUCACCGCCGCCUAAAACUCAGCGAACUCUGUGA